GAAAAGCAACAUCACACAGAAAAGAUCAAUUGAAGCUGAUAGCCGAAUCUCUUCGUGUUUCAUUUGCCGACCUGCUGGCAUCAUGAAGAUCCUUAUAAAAAUAGCCGUACUAACAGCAAUAUCUCUGUGUUUAUUGCAUUUGGUUAACAGCCAAUCUUCCAAAAAUGCCCGAAGCCAAGGACAGCAGUCUCUAUCGGAAAAGGUUCAGCAAUUGUUGGACAUGAACGCCAAGCGACCGGUUCUCCGAUUCAAUGGCAACAAAUUUCGAGACUUCGUCAAGUCUGCCCCACGGAACUAUUCGAUUAUCGUAAUGUUUACGGCAAUGGCACCCGCCCGGCAAUGUGUGAUUUGUCGGCAUGCUCAUGACGAGUACACGAUUGUGGCCAACUCGUACCGCUACUCCCAAACCUACUCCAAUAAGCUGUUCUUUGCGAUGGUAGACUUUGACGAAGGCUCGGACGUUUUCCAAAUGUUGCGGCUCAACACGGCGCCUGUUUUCAUUCACUUCCCGCCGAAGGGGAAACCAAAACCGGCCGAUACGAUGGACAUCCAGCGGGUGGGAGUGUCGGCGGAAGUGAUUGGUAAAUGGAUUCAAGAGCGAACCGACAUACAGAUCCGCAUUUUCCGUCCACCAAACUAUUCGGCAACGGUUGCGAUACUGAUGCUGUCGCUGUUUGUCGGAGGUUUCCUGUACCUACGACGAAACAAUCUCGACUUUCUGUACAACAAGCAGAUGUGGGCGCUGCUAGCGGUUGUGUUUUGUUUCGCGAUGGUUUCGGGACAAAUGUGGAACCACAUCCGUAGCCCACCGUUCGUGCACAAAAGUCAAAACGGUGGCAUUGCGUACAUUCACGGAUCGUCGCAGGGUCAGCUAGUCAUCGAAACGUACAUUGUCAUGUUUUUGAACGCAAUGAUUGUCCUGGGAAUGGUGCUUCUGACCGAAGCUGGCUGGCAGAAUGAUCAUCGCAAGAGUAAAGUGACGGCAAUUGUAGGCCUGUUUUUGGUCGUUGUGUUUUUCUCACUGAUUCUAUCAAUAUUCCGUUCCAAAGCGCAAGGAUAUCCUUACAGCUUCUUAUUUAAAUGAGAAAUAGAGUAAGUAUAAACCGAAGUCCAU